AUGUCACCAGGUCUGGAUCAAGAGAAAGCAGCUAAAUAUAAAUUAACAGUCGAGGCUGCUGAUAUAAAUGGAGAAGGACUACAUACACUUACGACUGCCAUUAUUGAUGUGAGUAAGGACUACAAGAUAAUAUCAAAUUCUGAAAAUAUUUAUAUCACUACAGACAUUGCACCAAAUGAUGAAACUGUUGAUAUCACUAAAGCUGCUCCUGCCACCAAUCUGAAAUUUGAACUGUUUCGUAAAGACAAAACUCCAUCUCAUAUUACAGUCUGGAAAGUGUUAAGUGGAGAUGUCGCCCCUGGCAAUGGUCAGAUCUCAGCAAAAAAUUUUUGCCAGGCAUAUACCGACUGCAUCUUGAUACCGGUGAUUACUGGGGCAAGCGAAGCAUGGACUUUCUUUUUUCCUAUGUUGAGAUGGAUGCUUCGGACACAGGUCUUGGUGCCAUGUUGA